AUGUAUUGGAAACGUACAAUCACCGCGGCUGCUCUGUUCGCAGUCCCGGGGAUCAGCUGGCCAUACGACGAAUCUCUCACGGAUUAUAAUAUUAAUGAAAAUCAAACAGCAAGUGAUCCUCUAGACUACUGGGGAGAAUGGCCCGACCACACCUACUUCCCCUCGCCGGAUAAUUGGCGUUUUCCUGUAUAUACGCUUUUCCUCGAUCGAUUUGUGAAUGGUGAUCCAACAAACGAUAAUAUUAAUGAGACCCUCUUUGAACAUGAUAUUAGCUCGAAUCAAAUGCGACAUGGCGGUGAUGUUGCCGGUCUACUGGAUACUCUGGACUAUUUACAAGGAAUGGGCAUCAAAGGCAUCUACCUUGCAGGUCUGGUUUUGAUGAAUCAGCCAUGGGGCUCAGAUGGCUACUCAGCACUUGACACCACGCUCUUGGACCAACACUUUGGAACGGUUGAAACAUGGAGGAAUGCCAUUACGGAAAUCCACAGCCGUGGGAUGUAUGUCAUUUUUGACAAUACUGUUGCCACGAUGGGCGAUCUCAUUGGUUUUGAAGGCUACAUGAACACAACCACACCUUUUUCCAUGCGGGAGCACAAAGCAUAUUGGAAGUCAGACCGUCACUAUGUGGAUUUCAGCUAUGGCAACUCGUAUAACGAGAGCUGUGACUAUCCUCGCUUUUGGAACGAAACCGGAUACCCCGUGGACCAAUACGUUCGUGAUGAGCUCGGCGGUUGCUACGAUAGUGAUUUCGAUCAGUACGGUGACAUCGAGGCUUUCGGUGUGUACCCUGACUGGCAGCGAGAAUUGGCCAAAUUUGCAUCGGUUCAAGACCGAUUACGCGAGUGGGUUCCUAGUGUCAGAGAGAGACUCGUUCGCCAUUCAUGUAUGAUCAUCGCCUCCUUUGACAUUGAUGGAUUCCGGUACGACAAAGCCACACAAGCUACUAUAGACGCUUUGGGGGAUAUAUCUGGCGCGUAUCGAGAUUGCGCUCGUCGCGUAGGAAAGAACAAUUUCUUCCUCCCCGGUGAAGUGACGAGUGGCAACACACUUGGCUCUAUUUUCCACGGUCGAGGCCGACAACCUGAUAUGCAACCGGAGACCCUAGAAGAGGCAUUCAAAAUGACAAAUUCCUCCGAUCCGGCGUACUUCAUUCGCGAUCAGAAUCAGCAGGCCAUCGAUGCAGCAGCAUUUCACUAUUCAGUCUAUCGAUCUCUCACCCGUUUCCUUGGUAUGGACGGCAAUUUGGCUGCCGGCUACGAUGUUCCAGUCAACUGGACUGAGGCCUGGUAUCAGAUGGUCCUCACCAAUGAUAUGAUCAAUGCCAACACCGGCAAGUUUGAUCCUCGCCAUAUGUACGGAGCCACGAAUCAAGAUGUGUUCCGGUGGCCAGCGGUGGAAUACGGCGUUGAACGACAACUUUUGGCCCUGUUCAUUACCACAUUGCACAUGCCGGGCAUUCCGUUGCUUCUAUGGGGAGAAGAACAAGCAUUUUACGUUUUAGAUGCUUCAGCCGUCAACUAUAUCUACGGUCGUCAAGCUAUGUCACCUGCCACUGCCUGGAGAACCCACGGAUGUUUCCAGUUGAAUUCCACUCAAUAUUUCCAGUGGCCCAUCAAAUCCGGGCGAUUAGGCUGUACCGAUGAGACAGUCACGUAUGAUCAUCGCGACCCGUCUCACCCUGUACGAAAUAUCAUCAAACACAUGUAUCAGAUGCGACAGGACUUUGCCGCAUUGAAUGAUGGAUGGUGGGUUCAAUUGCUUUCCAACCAAACCCACAAAAUAUAUCUUCCCGGAUCAAACGGGGUGCCCACUGAAACUGGAAUGUGGUCUGUUUUACGCAGUCCAUAUUAUCAGAUGCAAGACCUAGGAGAGAUGGGAAACCAGACUGUAUGGCUUGUCUACCAGAACAGCAAUCGCACAGUGGACUAUGAGUUCGAUUGCUCCGAUCAAAAUGCUGCCCUCGUCGCUCCCUUUGAUGUCAACACCACAGUCAAGAAUCUCUUCUACCCACAUGAUGAGAUCACUCUCCAAGAGAGCCCGAUUAAGCUCGGUCUGUAUGGUACUAGCGAAUAUAAUGGUUGUAUCGAUGUGAUGACCAUGAAGCCUUACGAGUUUAGGGCCUACAUCCCGAAAGAGAAAUUCCUGUCUCCUCGUCCUAUGAUCACCAAGUUCUUGCCAGGCCAUGAUGUCCCCUUGCUAUCCGCAGUAUCUCCCGGAGAAAGUGAGUCGAUGGAAGUCAGCCUCUUUUUCAACGCCGAGAUGAAUUGUACUAUGGUGACCGACUCAAUAUCGUUGGAGUCGAAGACUGAAACUGGGAAUAUCCCUUCCUUGGACCUUGACAGUGUCACUUGUGAAACAUUGGAGGCCGAGAGUAUUACUUGGACUGGCCAAAUCCCAUAUAUCUGGGCUUGGAGAGCUACCCUGACUGGCGUCUACAACGGUAUACAUCGUCUAACCGUCAACAAUGCCACAACUACCGAUGGAAGAACAACCAAUGCUGUCGAUCAUUUCCUAGUUCGAAUCGGACAACAAGACAAUCCCAUGAUAUUUGGUUCCGCAAACUACUCUCGCAGCCUCCUCCAUGAACGUAAAAAUGGUACCAUCUUCAUCAGACAACACGCAGCCGGGGCCGACAAAUACCGAUACUCAACCAACUGGGGCAGCACCUUUUCCAAAUGGCUGCCAUAUGAGGGAGGAAAUCACACAAUCGAGGAACUGCCUUGGUCUGGAACAAAGAAGCAGAGAUGGGAAGGCAAACACGUCCGCGUCGAGUAUUGGAGUCGUUUAACCGGUAGCAGCGAUUACGUUCAAGAGGGUGACGGCCCGGGCUGGAAUCCUACUAUCCGACGUCGAUUCCCCCAUCUAUUCUUCAAUGGCCCGUUCAAUGAAUACGGGUACGAUGCCGGUCUGGACAACGUUGUGAGGCAAGAUGAAGAUGGCAUCUGGAAGUUCCGCUUCAUGGCUGAGUGGCCUGCUCAGGGCCAGUUGAACGUGUGGGGCAUCAACCCCGAUGGCCAGCCAGAUCAAAGCUACAUCUAUGGUGAUUCCGAUGGUGACUCAGUCCUCGAUCGUCUCCCACCCUCUUCGCUGAGUGUGACCAGCAUAAAUAUCACUGAUCAUCCCCCUAGUCCGCACCUCGCUUGGAGAAUCCACCUGGAUGACUCGAACUUGCAAUUCAAGCUUGUUCCUGCAGGCUCCAAGUACGCCCAAAUGGCUCUUUUCUUCUUGCUAUGGAUUGUUCCUGUGGUCACAGCAUCCACCUGCGCCUACGUUUUCAUGAAGACUUUCUACCGAAUUAAGUUCAACCAGGUCGGCGUGAGUGAGAAGAAGACACUCAUCUCCAUGGAUUUCGUCAGCAGAUUCAAGAUUCCACCUAUGGAAAGUGGCAAAUCCAGUAACCCUUUAGUACGCCUUGCCAACAAGUCAAAUUUCCUUCAGAGUAGCUCGGCUUUUGGCAAACGAACAUAUCAUCGACGGAAGGUUCUCAUUGCCACAAUGGAAUACGACAUCGACGACUGGGCCAUCAAGAUCAAGAUCGGUGGCUUGGGGGUUAUGGCACAGCUAAUGGGCAAGCAACUUGGCCACCAAGACCUUAUCUGGGUCAUUCCAUGUGUCGGCGGAGUGGACUACCCUGUAGAUAAACCGGCCGAAUCAAUGUUCGUCAUGAUUUUGGGAAAUUCCUACGAGAUCAAGAUUCAAUAUCAUCAAUUGAGGAACAUCACCUACGUUCUCCUGGAUGCCCCUGUCUUCCGACAACAGUCUGCUACAGAGCCCUACCCGGCCCGUAUGGAUGACCUCGAUAGCGCCAUCUAUUAUUCGGCCUGGAAUCAGUGCAUAGCGCAAACGAUGGAGCGGUUCCCCGUUGAACUGUAUCACAUCAAUGAUUAUCACGGCUCAGUCGCUCCUUUGUAUCUGCUACCCGAGACUAUCCCGAUUUGCUUGUCACUCCACAAUGCCGAAUUCCAGGGCUUAUGGCCUAUGCGGACACAGAAGGAGAAGACCGAAGUGUGCUCGGUAUUCAAUCUAGAUCUGGACGUUGCCACGCGCUAUGUUCAGUUCGGCGAGGUCUUUAACCUUUUGCAUGCCGGUGCAAGCUAUCUUCGUCUUCAUCAGCAAGGCUUUGGGGCAGUGGGUGUCUCAAAAAAAUACGGCAAACGCUCUUACGCUCGCUACCCGAUUUUCUGGGGCUUGAGAAAAGUUGGAAACCUUCCGAAUCCUGACCCUUCCGACACCGGUGAGUGGAAUCGAGAAUUGCCAAAAGAAAGUGACAUCAAUGUCGACAAUGAUUAUGAGGCUCGCAGAGCAGAGCUCAAGCGCCAGGCUCAAGAGUGGGCUGGUCUUGAGCAGAAGCCCAAUGCCGAUUUAUUGGUCUUCGUUGGAAGAUGGUCCAUGCAAAAAGGAAUCGACCUUAUCGCCGACGUGCUACCCAGUGUCUUGGAGGCGCGACCAAACGUUCAACUAAUUUGCGUCGGGCCUCUGAUUGACUUAUAUGGCAAGUUCGCUGCAUUGAAGCUGGCCCGAAUGAUGAAGCUGUAUCCUAGCAGGGUAUGCUCCAAACCUCAAUUCACGGUCCUGCCACCAUUUAUCUUCUCGGGUGCGGAGUUCGCACUGAUUCCUUCACGAGACGAACCCUUUGGCCUAGUCGCAGUUGAAUUUGGAAGGAAAGGUGCCCUCGGCAUUGGCGCCAGGGUAGGCGGGCUUGGACAGAUGCCAGGGUGGUGGUAUACAGUCGAAUCUACAACCACCUCACAUUUGUUAAAGCAGUUCAAGCUCGCCAUUGACAGCGCCUUGAAUUCCAAAUCCGAAGUGAGAGCAAUGAUGCGCGCAAGGUCCGCCAAACAGCGUUUCCCCGUUGCCCAGUGGGUCGAGGAUUUAGAGAUUCUUCAGUCAACAUCCAUUCGAGUCCAUGAUAAGGAACACGCCAAAGCUCAGAAUCUGUCUACUGCGGCGGGUGCAUACAACGCCAUCUACGGAAUGAUGACUCCACAGGCUGCAUCGACAAGGUCGGGUGCAUCAACUCCUCCAAUGCAACCAUCGAGUCGCCCAGGAACAAUGGGAUCACUGCAGCGAAGCUCCAUCAUCUACAGUCGGGACCCAAGUCCUGGCGCCGAUUCCAGACCUAGAUCAGGACUCAGUCGCCAGGUGCCUUUUGGUAUUCGACCAAUUUCAAGUAGUACGGAACCUCGAGGCAGACGCGAUCUCGGGAAGGGAAGUAUUGUUGAGGGUGAUGACAGCACCGGCAAGGCGUCCCCUGAAGCCGAAGAGGAUAGCGAUGAAGAGCUAAUGGCAACUUGCUAUGGAGAUGAUGAUUAUCCCGUAUUGCCUGACGGAGUGGAUGCAGCACGUGCGCAGAAUCCUCAAUCGCCUGGUAUUGCCUUCACCAAGGAGGCUCUCUCGGCACGCCACUUGGCUCGAUCUAGCAACACACCGUCGAGCUCGACAGCUCCCAGUACAGCAGAAACAGAUGAUACUCUUAUUCCACCAUCGCGUCCAUGGGCAGGGCCGGGAAGUCGGUUGAGCAGCUCAUCGGCCCUGUCUGUUGAUUCAGUUGUUGGAGAGAAGAAAGAUUUCAAACUCCAAAAAGUUGAUCCAUUCUUCACGGAUAGCAACGGCGAAUACUACAAAGAGUUCGAAAAGAGGCUCGAGGAACUGAAUGGAGCCAACUCCGACAAUCAACUCUGCAUUGAGCAAUAUCUUGAAAAGAGUGAGAAGAAGUGGUUCAACAAAUUCCGCGAUGCACGCCUAGGCCGCAAUCAAGGAUCUCCAACUGGUUCAAUGCACCUUGGCAAAGGAGAUUCUCCGACGGGAUCUAUUACUAAUGACGACGCAACGUCUCACGAUAGUGUUGUGCCCGAGAGGAAAGACGGCCCACUGGAUGAAUUCAUGCUUGGUGAUAACUAUGUUCCCCCGACAGGCCUGAAGAAGUGGAUGCAAAUGCGUCUCGGGGAAUGGCCUGUGUAUUCUCUCUUCCUGGGACUGGGCCAGAUCAUCGCAGCCAAUUCCUACCAGAUCACGCUUCUGACCGGAGAGGUGGGCCAAACCGCCGCAAAAUUAUAUGGAAUCGCGUCCGUGUACUUGAUCACCUCGAUUUUGUGGUGGUUCUUCUUCCGCUUCUGCAAAUCAGUGCUUGUCCUGACAGUGCCAUGGUUCCUAUACGGAACUGCAUUCAUGAUCAUCGGCAUGGCACAUUUCGAGCCUGAUGCAUACGUCCGCGGGUGGAUCCAGAAUGUCGGAAGUGGAAUCUAUGCCGCCGCUUCUUCCAGUGGCUCUAUAUUCUUCGCUCUCAAUUUCGGCGAUGAGAGCGGUGCCCCUGUCAAGCAGUGGGUGUUCCGGGCUUGUCUGAUUCAAGGCACGCAGCAGGCAUAUGUUAUUGCUCUUUGGUACUGGGGCUCGACUUUGACGAAAGCGAGCAGUGCUGGUAACACUAAUUCUCAAAGCAGUAUCACCAACACCUGGGUAAUGACAGCUAUCUGCACGCCCAUCAUGAUAUUCUUGUGGAGUAUUGGCCUGCUCAUCUACUUCGGACUGCCAAAUUACUACCGCCAAACACCAGGCAAAGUUCCAUCAUUCUACAAAUCCGUCUUCCGACGCAAGAUUGUACUCUGGAACUGGGUUGUCGUGGUUCUCCAGAACUUCUUCCUCAGUGCCCCAUACGGUCGAAACUGGAAUUGCCUAUUCCUCCCCUGGGCCGGUAGCUAUACUUCAGGUGCAUUGGUCUCGCGCAGUUUAUGGCUCUGGCUUGGCGUCCUGGAUGCACUGCAAGGUCUCGGAUUUGGCAUGAUUCUCCUGCAAACACUGACGCGCAUGCAUAUCUGCUUCACUCUUCUUGUGUCGCAGGUUAUUGGUUCCAUUGCAACUAUGUGUGCUCGGUCGUUUGCGCCGAAUAACAUUGGUCCUGGGCCUAUAUCCCCCGAUAUUACUGCUGGGGUGGGGGCGUUGGCGAACGCUUGGUUUUGGAUUGCGCUUUUGUUACAGCUUUUGAUAUGUGGCGGCUUUCUUCUUUUCUUCCGGCGGGAGCAACUUUCGAAGCCCUGA